AUGACGCCACUUCGUCUCCUCUCCGCACUUUUCGCCACGCUGAGCCUCCCUUGGGGCGUUCAAGCUGCCCCCAACGCCGUGCCUCCCUCGCGAGCCGAGCCCAACGUUCCGCUCGUCAGCGCCGUGCCUCUUGACUUGUCCAUCUCCCAGCCGAUCGUCCAGCGUAUCGACAACAACAAGCGAGGCUGCGGGCCCGCCGAGUCGCCUGCCUGCAACAACCCGUGCAAGGGGUACAGCACGGGCGGCAUCAUUGCCGAUGCCAACGUGUACUCCGACUCCAAGUGCCAGAAGCUCAUCAAGCACAUCUCCAUCGCCAUCCCCUGCCCGUACUCGUUCUGCACGGGCGACAUGACUUGCGCGGGGCCCCUCGGCGACGGCCUCCCGAACGACGUGUGGAUCAAGGCCAAUGGCGGGUUUGACGGCGACGCCAAGCUCGACAUCACAAAGGGGACCAACUGUCCGGCCGGCGGGUCGGGGGGCACCAAGGUCCAGAUCCACGGCAGGGGCUCGUGCGUUCAGCUCCAGAACGUCAAGCCGAACAUGGGCCUGUCCUUCUGGCCGUGCGGAAGCUACGACAUCGACCGUCGCGGCGGCAAUAGCUCUGUCUCGGAGCCGCCGAGUCCGGCUCGCGAAGAGCCGAUUCGCCGUCGCGCCGAGGGGGCAGCCAUGAUGAUUGGCAGGGAGACCAAGCCCAAGUGCAAGACCUUUGACGCGGACCCUCGCACGACGUGGGACACCAACGCCUACACGCCCAACAAGAAGCUUAGCGCCCGGAUCGACUGCUCCAACUCCCAGAGCGACUGCCCGAUCACCCAAGCAUACGCCAAGACUGUCACCUGGACUACGACGUGGAACGUCGGAGUGGAUGUCAGCAUCGGAAAGGUCUUUGGUCUUUCGGCCUCCAGUAGUGGUUCCUACGCCGAGUCCACCACCGAGACGAUCACCCUUGAUCACUCGGUGCCCAAGGGCCAGAUCGGCUACCUCACAGGGUACACUCUCGCUGCCAAAGUUCCCGGAUGGUACCGCGACUGCGGCAACGGGUAUGACUACCGCGGCUCCGCCCUCAUCCCCAAGGUCAAUGGUGCCACUUUUGAUGUGCAGCUCACAGAGUAG